AUGGAAUUUUUCUUUUUGUCCAAUAUUCAAUCUGCCGCUAUACUGUUAAUUUUUACGAUCCUAAUAAAAUUUAUCCAAGAACGACGACGAAAAAAAUUUGCAACCUCUUAUAAGAUACCAUUAAUUGGACAUACGCUUGAUUUUUUAUACGAUACAGAAAACUUUUUGGACAGAUGUCAUAAUGAGUGUGGUGACAUUUUUUCGAUCUAUGUAUUUGGUCAAGUUACUACAAUUGUUGCGAAGUCUGCAGCUUAUGAAAUCUUCACGACAGAUCAAGUUACUGGCGCUGAAGCUUUCGAUCGGAAACUUCAUAUUCGUGAAGUAUUUGAAAAGCCUGUUCCACAAUACCUUGACAGAAUCGCCGAUCUCGUCAAACAAGAUUUUACUCCUUACAUGCCAGAUGCCAUCGCGCUUAUAAGUCGAGAAAUAGAAAGCACGUUACGAAAAUACAUCGGCGAUUGUAAAGAACCUAAAUUUUUCCCGCGACCGUUUCGUCUCGUUCAAAAGAUACUUGCCGAACUUGUGGCCCUUGUAUUUUUCGGCGAGGAAUUGGGCAGAGAUCCGGAUCUAAUUUAUGUCAUUGCUAAUGUCACAAUUGACCUUCGAGAGAGAGACAAAUUGUUGAGCACCGCUAAAAUUAAUGACAAUGAUUCUUAUGUAAAUUCGCGAUUUUGUAGUUUUGGCGAAAGCCCUGUUAAAAAACAUAAAUCUAUACUAAUUGAACGAAUAAAACAUGCCAUCGAUGAAUGUGUAAAAGACGCGGCAAAUGGGACCAAUAAAAAUGCGCCGAUUGAUCUCAUCCGGGCGCUAGUACGACAACUAAAUAUCACCGAAGAGAACAAAGACUACGAUUUAAUAGCAAGCAACAUUCUUUUGGUGAUUUUGGUUUCGAUCUCUAAUACGGCUGUUACAAUAACUGAAUGCCUAUUUGAUUAUGCCGGCCACCCGGAAUACUGGGACGAAAUUACGAAAGAAAGGGAAACAUUAUUAGGAGCGAACUAUAGUAAUAAUAAUUUUCCUGUUUUCAAUUCCGAAAUGCUCGGAAAAAUGGAAAGGCUGGAUAGUUUCAUAAGAGAAUCGAUGCGGCAAAAGGAACAUCUUUUACUGUUACCUCGUAAAGUGGUCGUAGAUAGGUUCAUCUUUUCCAAUGGAUACCAAAUACCAAAAGGACGUCAAGUCCAAAUCUAUGCCAAAAGUAUACGACUUGACGAAUCUCUCCAUGGUACUCCACUUGAAUUUACCGGAUUCAGAUACGUCGGCAAAAAAAGUUCUUCAACAAAGAUCACUCGUGAUAUUUACCAUUUCGGUCUUGGUCGUCAUGCGUGUCCUGGUCGAUUUUUUGCUGUCGAUGUGAUGAAAGUAGUUGUGAGCGGAAUCUUGGCAAGGUAUCAUGUUACGACGGAGAGUGGUGUCAGGCCGAGACCUGUUAUGAAUUUAGGAUUUGCAAGCGCUAGCCACGAGGCUCUAGUGUUUGAGCGGGAUUAUUUACUUUGCUCUACAGUGAAAAAUAAUACAUUCCUUGAUCAUAACAAAAAGAAAGCACACAUACUAGUGUGUUCUCUUCUUAUCACUCCUAAUUCCUACUUCCCCAAUUUUACCGCUGGUCUACUAACAAUCCUAUUAUCAAACAUUGUUGUCAACAAUGCUACUUUAUUUCCCACUUCUCCGGAUGGCAAUUCAAUUUUCAAGCCCGGUGACCAAAUUGAAAUUACAUGGAAAGACGACCCAAGAGCACCUUCACUUUCCACGUUGGGAUCAAUAAAAGUCGACUUUAUGACAGGCGGGGAUCUUCAACAAAUUAUGCUCUCUACAAUCGGCACAGUCCCUGGGGCUGACGGGAAAAUAACAUUUACUAUACCUACAGUUGAACCGGCCGGAAAGAGUAAAUACCCACCGCCACCAAACCCACCGCCGCCAGUUGGCAAAAACCCGGGUGGAAAUGGUAAAAUUGUAUCCGAUGUUACAAAUAAUACAUCAGCAAAUUCUUCGGCUAACCAAUCAGCCGGAAAUUCAUCAGCUGCUAAUAGUACAGAUGUAGUUGUCCAUACAAUGAGUACUAAUACUACUGCCACUAAUAGCAAUAGUACUGGCUCAAAUAGUACUUCUUCUAGUACUACAACCCAUUCUGCGGCACCAAAUGGAUUCCAAGUUCCCGAAUUGAUUAUUGCACUCGCUACUUUAUUGAUUACUACAACUUGUUAUUUAUUGUAG